CUCUCUCUCUCCCUCCCCGUAGAAACCCUCGGGAUUGUUAUCGUUGUUAGGUGUAUUGAAAUUUCGUUUAAUUCUGUGAAGAAGAAUUUUGAAACGAUUUCUUGGGGGUUUGAUUCUUCGAUUCUAGAUGAGAGAGGAGCAAGGAAGAGGAGUCAUGGUGAUGGAGCGGCGGAGUGGAUUGAAUCGGAAGAGAUUUGGAGCUUAUUUACAGUCCGAUCCGGCGAUUUUGGCCGGUGACGAUGACGAUUUCUCCCCCCGGCAUAGCAAUGCCUCCACUGCGACUAGUCCGGUUUAUAACUUUGAGAAAUCGCCGGCGAGCGGUGAGGCUUCGCCGUACUUGAUGUCGCCGUGGAAUCAAUCUGCUUCGCCGUAUUCAAAAUCUCCAUGGAUCGUUCCGUCGGGGAUGAAUCUGUACGACGAUGGAUUCUUCGCUCGGAGUGGACUCGUCGGCUCUCUGGUGCGAGAGGAAGGUCAUGUGUAUUCGUUAGCGGUAGCAGGGGAUUUGUUGUACACUGGAUCUGAUAGCAAGAACAUUCGCGUGUGGAAGAAUUUGGAGGAGUACGCUGGAUUUAAAUCGAACAGUGGUUUGGUGAAGGCGAUAAUCUUGUACGGAGAUAGAAUCUUCACAGGACAUCAAGACGGAAAGAUUCGUAUAUGGAAGGUUUCAUCGAAGAAUCCGAAAUCUCAUAGCCGAAUCGGAAGCCUGCCGACAUUGAAGGAAUUCGUAAAAAGCUCGAUGAAUCCGAAAAAUUAUGUGAAAGUCCGUCGCAACCGUAACGUCCUCCGUAUAAAGCAUUUCGACGCCAUUUCAUCGAUGAGUCUGAACGAGGAGUUAGGGCUUUUGUACUCUGGAUCUUGGGACAAAACGAUGAAGGUCUGGCGAAUCGCAGAUUCGAAAUGCCUCGAAUCAAUCGCCGCUCACGACGACGCCGUGAACGCCGUCGCAUCUGGAUUAGAAAGCCUUGUAUUCACCGGAUCCGCAGAUGGAACAGUGAAGGUCUGGCGGAGGGAGUUACAGGGGAAAGGCACAAAGCAUUUUCUGGUUCAGGUAUUGUUGAAGCAAGAAAAUGCGAUAACCGCGUUGGCUGUGAAUAAAUCAUCGGCAGUGUUGUACUGCGGUUCAUCAGACGGAGUAGUGAAUUAUUGGGAGAGCGAGAAGCAUUUAUCACACGGCGGCGUCCUCCACGGCCAUAAACUGGCUGUACUUUGCUUAGCGACUGCCGGAAACUUAGUGUUCAGUGGAUCAGCGGACAAAAACAUUUGCGUGUGGCGGAGGGAAGAAAACAGCGGAUCUCACACAUGUCUCUCAGUUCUAACCGGCCACUCCGGGCCGGUCAAAUGCUUAGCCGUUAAGGAAGACGACGAAGAAGAAUCUCCAUCGCCGCCGGGCAAAAAGUUGUACCGGCGAUGGAUUGUGUACAGUGGUAGCCUGGACCGGUCGGUGAAGGUGUGGCGCGUGGCAGAGAACGCGUCGGAGAUGCUGAAACUGGCGGACGCGGAUAGGCCGUACCUGACCUACAAGAAGCAGUAAAGGCAGAAAAAGGGAGGUACCAGGCGUGCCGUCUUGCAUGGCGUUUUGGGUAGUUGCAGAAGGUGGGAUUCGCUGCGGAAGAGUCUAUGGAACUCGAGGCCUCUACACCAAUGCAAUCCCGCCACGUGUUGGGAGGAGGGGGGGAGUCUACAAAAACGUGCUUGGAUUGCAAAUAGAGAGUUUGUUAGGGGUGGGGGUUUGUGAAUACCGAAUUUUUCAGGUAUGAAAAGGAAAGUUUGGAUUAAAUAUUCUGUUUUGUUGUGUGUUUCUUUAUGUAGAUAAAUUUUAGGUCACAUAUUCAUACACAUGUUUUGUAGUUUACCCUAAGUUAUAAUAUAAAGCUGUAAUAUUCUCUUUCA